AUGACUGAAUUUACGGAGGCAAACCGGAAGUACUUCGACGACAUGGCGAAGGUUUAUAAAGAUCGAUUUGCUGAUGCCAUGAAGACACUGUGUGAUGAGACAUUGAAGCAUCGUCUGUGGCUCAGUGAUCGAUGGACGGAUACUGAAGCGGGCAAAGAUGGUGCGGUCAAGAUGCUCGAGUAUGCCUGCGGACCGGGCAUUAUUUCUAUGACGCUCGCACCAUUCCUGUCGAAGGUCAUCGGCAUCGAUGUCGCCGAUAAUAUGGUGGACGAAUUCAACCUCAACGCCAAGAAUAUCGGCGUAUCCGACAAGAUGGUCGGAUACAAAGCUGAUCUACUCGGUGAUUCUGCCUCAGCUGAAUUUUCCGGGUCAGAGUUCACCAACUUCGACAUGGUGACGGUCAGCAUGGCUUUGCAUCAUUUCGAAUACCCGCAGGUUGCCCUACAGCGACUGGCAGACCGUCUGAAGAAGGGUGGAACCUGUAUGAUCAUUGACCUUGUACCCUCAGGCCAUGUGCAUGGGCAUGAGAAUGGACAUGAUCAUGGCCACGGACACGACCAUGAGUUUGGCCCCGCCGCCCACACGGUCAAGACUCACGGAUUCUCUCGUGAGGAUAUGCAGAAGCUAUUCGAGGGUGCUGGCCUGAGCGAAGGCUUCGGCUAUGAGGUGCUUCCGGAACCACUAGUCAUGGUCAUGGAUGACAAGACACACCGCAAGGUAGUGUUUAUCGCUCGAGCUCGGCUGCCCUGA